CCCGCCGCCCCGCCGCCCCGCGGCGAUGGGCGCCGGGCGCUCGGCGGCCCUGGCGGAGCAGGCGGGCGCCGGCGGGGCGCCGGGGGCGGCGGCCACGGACACCGUGGUGGACGCGGCCGCGGUGGCGGAGCGGCGGGGGAACCUGCCCGUGCAGGGGCGCUACAGCAGCUCCCGGAGGAUAGAGCAGGACUUUGUCAUCGAUUCCAGGGUGGUGGGCUCCGGCAUGAACGGGCCGGUGCAGAUGGCCACGAGCCGGGACCCCGUCACGGGCCGGGGCGGCAACAUCAAGUACGCCGUGAAGAGUUUCAAGAAGAGGGGCAUGAGCGCGAAGAAGCGCGCGGAGCUGCAGAGCGAGGUCGAGAUUUACAUUUGCUUGGACCAUCCCCACGUGGCCCGCCUGGAGAUGGUGUACGAGACUGACGAGGAGCUUCACCUUGUCAUGGAGUUCAUGGCCGGCGGCGAGCUCUACGACCGGCUCUCGGAGAGGAAGCAGUACACCGAGGAGGCGGCGGCCGACACCACUCGGCAGAUGCUGCUGGCGGUGGCAUACCUGCACGCCCAGUCCGUGGUGCACCGCGACCUCAACGCGGCGGCGGAUUUCUUGUAUGAGCGGAAGGACACAGAUCACCUGAAGCUCAUAGACUUUGGCUUUGCGAAGCAUUGGGACCGCGGCACCAGGAUGUCUCAGGCUUGCGGGUCCGUCCACUACGUCGCCCCGGAGGUGCUGAAGCACUCCUACACAGAGAAGGCCGACGUGUGGUCGCUGGGCGUUAUCGUCUACAUGCUCCUCACCGGCAGCCCGCCGUUCCACGGCGGCGACGACGAGGUGCUGAAGAAGAUCAAAUCCGGGCAGCCCCACUUCUCCUCCCGCUUCCGGCGCCUCUCGGAGCCCGCGCGGUCCUUCGUGGAGAACAUGCUGGUGUAUGACCCCGUCAAGCGCAUGAGCGCUCAUGACGCCCUGGGCCACGCCUGGAUGGCGUGCAGGAGCCAGAAGGAGACCGUCAUCGACCCCGACAUCCUCAAAAGCCUGCGGGACUACUCGCACGCGUCCAGCUUCCGGCGCUGCGUCCUGUCCAUGAUGGCUUGGUCUCUCACCCGGGAGGACCGGCUGCACCUGCGGGAUCAGUUUCUCAGGCUGGACACCGAGAACACGGGGACUCUCACGCACGGCCAGAUGAAGGCGGUGCUGCAGGAGACUUUCCACAUAGAGAGCUCCGAGGCCGAGGUGCUCUUCGCCAGCCUCGACACCGACCACGACAACAAGAUCGCGUACAGCGAGUUCCUCGCCGCCGGGAUGACUGGACACGUCAAGAUACAAGAGGACGUCCUGUGGAAGACCUUCCAGCGCUUCGCCAGGGAGACCGGCCAGGACAAGCAGGGGGUCAUCACGGCGGCGUGCCUGCGGGAGGUGCUCGGCCCCUCCUUCGACGGCGCCCGCCUCUCCGACGAGGACAUUGAGGACCUCAUCCGGGAGGCCGACACCACCGGCGACGGCACCGUCGACUACGACGAGUUCUUGGCCUACUUCCACAGGGCGGAGCCCGACGACGAGGCCCCGAUGCCGCCGGACCUCGCCCAGGGCCGGCAGACGGACCAGAUGUGCGCCGUGAUCGAGACGCUCAUCUCCGCCUCGCAGGCGUCGCACGUGAUGAUGGAGGGUGCAGACGGCCAGACCCUCGGGACGCUCUGCAAGGUGGAGAUGGCCGAGGACGGCCUCCGCUUCUUCAGGUACACCUGCGUGCGCUACCUCUGGGACGAGCCCGAGGGCCGCUUCCGCCCCGGCGGCCUGGAGACCUGCUCCGCCGCCGCGGCGCGCGAGAGGUGGCUGGUGGCCAAAGGGCUGUCCGAGCCCGAGUGGAGGCAGCGCGGCAUGGCGGGCCCGAACGCCAUCGAGAUCGACGUGCCCGGCCUUUUGCGGAGCGUGGUGGCCGAGUUCCUGAGCGCCAUCUACAUCUUCCAGUUCAGCUGCAUCUGGGUCUACAUGUUCUACUCCACGUGGAACAUUGCGACGAUCUGGCUAGUCCUUGCCGCCAUCUCAGGGCCCCUGCUGCUCGCGGGCGCCUCCGGCGCCGAGGUCGUCCUGCUGCAGUCGGGGGCCGUGGGCCGCGUGGGCGCAGCGGCGGCGGCCUCGCAGCGGGCCGGUGCGGCCGGCGCCGGCGCCGCCGCUCCGGCGCCGCCGUUCCCGAUCGCGAUCCGGAACGCGCUGCCCUCCAGCACAGCGGCCAACCCAUGCGUGGAGCGUGGGGGGAACUCGCUGAAGAUCUCCACGCCGUCCGGCGAGCAGGUGCUGAUCCCGCCCGGGGCCAGCGCGACCCUCGUCGACGACUGGGCGAGCUCGGGCGGCGUGGGCGUUCAGAUCAACACCUGGUACUGGUCCUUCUCCAGGCCAGCCGUGAGCGCCGUGGUCUCCAGCCCGGGCCCAAAGAACCCCGACAACGCGGGCGUGACCGUCCGGCUCGGCGCAGACUGCGUGGCGGAGGCGCUCGAGGCCCCCCCGCAGUGCUGCGGAGUCAGGACGGACUUCGUGUCCAACGUCACGGUGGGCUGGAACGCGGAGCGCAGGUGCGAGGUGACCGUUGCGGCGAACGAGUGGACGAACGCAGUGACACCUGGCUGUUGCAGCUACGGCGCAGCGGGGUCCGGCUCGGCCUGCUCCGAGGUGCCGACUUUGAGCGCCGGGCUGAGGACGGCCACUGGGCAGGUCUCCUGGCCUCCACGCUGGCUCGCUGUCGCGCCAGGCUGGCCGGGUGCCACGCCGGUCCCAUCCUGGGGGGCCGCGCCACCCCCUUCGCAGGCGACGCACACGCCAGCGCCCGCGCCAGUCCCGACUGCGCCCUGCCACACGGCCGCGCCAGGGGAGGAGUGCCACGGCCAUGUCGCGUGGGCGAAGCAGGAUGGGAUCCGCGUUUCUCCGCAGUGGUAUCCUGGUCUGUCUCCAGAGUCGUCGUUCGAGGACUUCCAGGAGCACCUGUGGAUGCACGGGCUGGGGGAAUGCGAGAGGCCGUGCGAAUCGGCCAGGGCAAGUCCGACACCUGCACCAACGCCACCGGCGCUUUGCCACACGGCCGCGCCAGGGGAGGAGUUGCUACGGCCAUGUCGCGUGGGCGAAGCAGGAUGGGAUCCGUGACGACCCCGAGUGGUAUCCCAACUUAUCUCCCGAGUCGUCGUUCGAGGAUUUCCAAGAACAUCUGUGGACCAAUGGGCUCCACGAGUGUCCGAGGCCCUGCGUGGCAUAAUUAACUCCUGUUUUCUUUUUUGAAGCCCGGCUCGCUGGGGCCGGGAGCUGCUCCGAUGUCUUGUACAGGCCUGCCGCGUCGCGGCGCAGCUGGGAGGGGAUGCCCCGCACCUCUGGGUCGGCCCCCCUCCCUCCCGAAGGAGAGUGCCCAUCUUGGGGCGACGAGAUCUAUACACGUUACACAC